ACAAGUUAGCCCGGGACGCUCUGCUUCCAAAAAACAAAAAACCCCAAUAACUUCUUCAGAGCAGGCAGGCAUCAAGGCAGCAGCAACUAACCCUACCGCUGCCCCUGGGACAGCCAGGCACGCUUGAGGCCUUAGUGCCGGAGAGGAGGCGCCUACCACUAUAGCAGCGGGCUGUGAAGACGCUGACUGCUCUCUCUCACCUUGUCUAGUGGUUUUCGUCUUGAAAAAGAGAGAGGAGGAGGCGAAGCAAUUCAGCGAUAGCAGCAGCAGCAGGCUCGGGAAGGGAGGGGUGGAGUGCUGGUUUCAGCAUACGCGGAGGGCGGCCGGCGUCAGGGGGUGGACGUGAACCAUGACGGGGGCAAACAAGUGCCUGUUCGGCGAGGGGAAGGAACACUGCUUGAAGCAUCGGAUGUAUGCUUUUCCUGGGGAAAAAGCGCAGUUUUGUUCGAGUCACAAGAUGCCCGGAAUGGUGGACGUGCACAACAAGCGCUGUGAAGCGGAAGACUGCCAAAAGCAUCCCACGUACGGCAUCGCGAACGGGCGGGCCAGGUUUUGCACCAAGCACAAGGGGCCGGACAUGGUCGAUGUCCACUGUCGGCCGUGCGAGUUCCUGGGGUGCAGCAAGCACCCUCACUACGCCUUCGAGGGGGACAAGGCCAGGUUCUGCGCCUCCCACAAGGAGCCCGGAAUGGUCGACGUGAAGCACAAGCGCUGUCACAAGACUGGCUGCAGGGAAAUGCGAGUGUACGAAACUCCCGAGAAGAAGAGCCGGUUCUGUGCGAUGCACCUGGAGCAGUGGCUCACGUCGAAGACCGUACGCCGCACAGCGAAUCACGAGGCGGGAUCGGAAUCGGCUCCGGCGAGGGCAUCGGCGAAACGGCAGAAAACUUCCCGGGGCGCCAAGGGCGGCUCGAAGGCAUCCGGAAAAGGCAGGAGCUCGGGUAGAGCCGCGGCAACGGCAACGGCAACGGCAACGGCAACGGCAACGGCAACGGCGAAGGCGAAGGCGAAGGCGGCGGCGCAGAGCCAGGCCUCCGCUUUCCGGCAACCGGACUUACUGGACUGGUCGCCGGGGGGAGAGGACGACGCAUCAUCUGCAUCGAGAGAGGGAGUGAAGCGAAAGUUGUCUAAGGCCGGGGGUGGUGAGGUGAGCCCGGGUCCCACGAGUAGGGGGGGCCGUGCAUCAGGCAACGGCGGGGGGGUGUCCCUUUUGUCCGCGGACGGAGGCGGAGGAGAGACCGCGGCGGAUUGUGUGAGGCGAAGAGGCGCACUGGGGUCCGGUGGUGGCGCCGACGCAGAGGAGGCAGCAGCGUCCGGUAGCGGCGGCGGCUGCGGCGCCUCCUCUCCAGCGGGGAGUGGAAGUGCCAGGGAAAGGGGCCGCCGGCCGGCUGCCCGCGGUGACAACGGGGAUAAAAACGGUGCCUUCUUUACGGCAGCUUCGGAUGCGGCCGCCGCCGCAUAUGGCGGCAGGGGCGAGAUCAAGCCCAAGCUGGGACCCAGGAUGUACGAUGGAUGCGUUGGGGGAGGGCCCGAAGGCAGCGGCAGCGGCGGCGGCGGCGGCGGCGGCGAUAUGUUGUCGCAUCUCGGCGGAGCAACGGCGGCGGAGACCUUCAUGAGGGGGAGAAGCGGCGUGGAGGAGCUGCAGCGGGUGGGUGAUGGCGGCGGCGGCAGAAGACGAGGACGCGGGGACUAUCUCCACGAGGGCGGCGGCUCGUUUAGGCGAGGCGGGGACGGAGGCAUGCCGGACGACGACCUUACGGGCUCGGGGGCAGACGUCGACAUGGGGGUUGGAGGUUCGUUCCUGAACCUCUCUCCACCCUCGGAGAAGUCGACCAUUCACCGGGGGCACCGCAGGCUGGCCUCGUUCGACCCAAACACGGACUGUUUCUCGCACUUCAACUACUUGGGCGGGAGCGGCAGUAAUGGCGGCGGCGCGCUGGCGGAGGCUAGCCGAAGGGGGCUGUUCUUCCAGCCCGUUGGAGCUGCCGAAGGCCAGGGGUACAGCCUGCCGCCCCGGGGGGGGGGCAGCAUCAGCAGCCCGGGAAGCUUCGGGGGGAGCUACGGUAGCUUCGGGGGCGGCGGAGGGCGACGCCAUCACCGCGGCAUGAGCAGCGGGUCCGUGGACCUAAAUGUCUUGGCACCGGUUCUAGCCGAGCUCCGGGCGAGCGGCGGGGGAAGCAUCGGCGGAAUACAGGCCUAUCUAGCACACGGGCAUCCGCCAAGCGGCGAUGCCGCCGCCGCCGCCGCUGCCCCCCAACUCCAGCAGUACACCCAGCCGCCGCCACCUCAUCGGGAAGAAACCUUCUUGCUCUCUCCCCGCGAUGACGGUAAUCGCAACAGCGACGCCUCUCGAGGCAGGCAGCAGCAGCAGCAGCGGCACGGCGGUGCCGCUGCUCCGUUUCCGCAGCAGCAGCAGCAGUACCAGCGGCUAGUGGAUGAACAGCACGAGCACAACCGCAGCGCGAGCACGUUGUCCCUACCGGUCGUGGCGGAGCCGGGGACCCCGCCGCACAUCCUCAGCGAUGAUGCCGCCUCUUCGGCAACCAACGGGCUCUCCCCUAGAAAGCUGACCCCCUCGUCCUCGACAACUCCCACCGCGGUGGCGGCUAGCGUUAGCGGCGGUGGAGCGGGCGGUGCGGCGGCGAUGCUUCACAACGGCGGCAAGGCGGCGGGCGGCGGCGUCGAGGCUUCGUUGGGCGGCGACGGCGACGCCGCCGCGAUCAACGCGGGUCAUCGCCGCUCGCACGAGUUCAGCGGCGGUGGUUGCGGCGGCGGCGGCGGCGGCGGCGGCGGCGGGGAUGAUGCCAUCAGGCGGGAGUACUCGCAGUUUUUUUUGUCGAUGGCCGGCGGUGGGCCAUCUGGAGGCGGUCGUCAGCGCGAGGAGAGAAUUGGCGCCCCCGUUCACGCUGAGGCUCAGCGCGCGUUUACGGGGGACGGCCACCUAUUGCGAAACGCCUCUUCCAUGGGGGAACGCCGCCGCCCCACCCCCGAAGACGACUACGCCACCUCCGCGCGGUAUGAGGGCGGGGGACACGGCCACCGGGAGGAGCUGGAGGACGCAGUAUGGAUCAAGCAGCGGGCGGCGCGUGCGAGCUUCCACCUGGGUCAGUCGGUGGGCGGAGCGGUUCAGCACGGGGGCGGCGGGGGGAUGCUGCUGUUGCCACGGGCGGGGGCUCCGCAGAGUGCGGCGGCGGCGGCGUCCCUGCCGCAGCGUCAAUGGUGAUGACGCUAGUUCCCCGCUCGGUGGAUAAUAAUUCCUUGCUGCUGCUGUCGAUGAUGGCUUCGGAUUGAUUGGAACCGAGGGGUUGUUGUUGUUGUGGUUUUUGGGAUUGGUGUCGGGACAGCGCCCGUGUGGCUGCUUGGCGGCCGGGCUGUGGCCUGUGGCCCGGCCGCUGCUUCUGCUGCGGCAGCGGCGGCAGCGGCGCCGGCGCCGGCGCCGGCGGCGGCAGACUCUGUAGUUGUAUACGCAGCUUGUUGCCCGCUUUCUAAGAGCACGGACAACGGCGUCGGCCGAGACGGCAAGGUGCGCGUGCUUGCUGGUCUCGUUUGUCUCCUCGGGAAGGAGGGACCUUGCUCGCUUUUCCUUCGUCCGUCCCCUGUGGACCGUUCAAGGUACUGUUCGGCUGGGAGUGAUUUGUCGGUGGAGACGGCGGGGCUUGGAAGAGGAAGAAAUAAGGCACAGGCUCGUUUUCCGGUUCCUCUUCGUCAGUCCUUCACAUAUAUUGCACAGCGGGAGGAUCACGGGUGUGUUGUGAAUUUCGGCGGGCACUACAGGAAUUUCAUAUUGUAUAACAUUUCUCGUUUAUGUGUGGUUGUUUGAGAGGUUCGGGGGCAUUGUUCCCCCCGCCCGUAUUUUCGUUCCCUUUUUUCCCCAGUCCAUCGUUUUGCCGCGAGAAAGUUUCGGGCUUGUCCUUGGUAGACUGUCGGGUAGUUUCGGGUUUUCGUCAAGAGUGUUGGUCGUUGUCAGCAUCGUUGUCGUUGUCACUGUUGUUGUCGUGUCUUGUUAAAACACCCUGUCGUAAUUCAGUCUAGUCAGUCAAUGUUUCCUGUUGUCUAUGAGAACCAUGAAUGGUGGCUGGCGCCUCCAACCCGCCUCCCCGGCUUCAUGAGUAUGCGUGAAAUGUUGCGGGUUGUCGGCAUGGGUCUCGGUUGUUGGCAUGUGCGAGUCCGCGCAGUGAGCGUGAAAGGCUGGCUGCUCGCGUGGUCCCCGGGUUGUCGUCCAGUCCAAAGCCUCCGGUCGGGUGAUGUGUGGGGAGGUUCUCGUUGUAUUGUACGCUUUGCCUCUUGUGCAUGCCUCGCCGGUUUCGGGCUCCCCCUCGCUUGAUCUCCGUUGUUCCUACAUAGUACAUGAAGUUGUGGUUUGUAUGAAAGCGUGGGCCGCAGUGUGUUGUGCCCCUCCCAUUCCCUUGGAUAUCUGUUGUCGUUGUUGCCUGUAUUUCUUACGGGUCGAGUGGGCGAAGCCCCCCUGUCCGAUCAUCGCCGUGUUGCUGUUUCCUGUCGUUGAAGUAGCGCAUCCGCUUCGCGCUGCUGCCUGCCUACCUGCCUGCGGGGGGGCUAGCGGGCGGAGAAAACGAGCGAAACAAAAAAUAAGCGUGCUGAAACUACACGACACGUUCUUUGACCUAGAAACCCGGCCGCUGUUUUUGUGUAGGCAGUGACCGGAUUCGAGAUCACCGUUAAAAACUUGUAAAAUGAUGAUAUUGCCGCCGUUUAUAUCCGCCAGUCCUCGAUUUGGAUAUUAUGGCACGGGCAAACAAGUACAUAGGAGAGUGGGGGCGGCACUUGCCAGAUUUGACCUAAGACGCCUCAUGACGGCGAUGUCCCACCCCUCGCCCCGGCGCGUGCUCUGUUUCCGUGUAUGGUGUUGCUGGGCGUGGAACGCGGGUCUUCUCUUGUUGGUUUCGGGUAGCACGGGACACAGGGUGUGUCAUAUUUGGUGGGGUUACAGGAAAAAAAACUAAAUAACGGGAGGAGACGGGGAGUUUUUUUUAUAUCGUAUUGUCGUCGUUAAUAUUUGUUUGUGGCUGUGGCUGUGGUUAUUCGUUUGUGCUCUUGUGAAACCUUUGGCCUGGCUUGAUAUUGUCGGGCGGGUUUCCUCAUGCGUUUACAUGUUUUCUUAUCACGGGGAGCGAGCGACCCCCCAGGUUUCGGUUGGAAAUAAAACCACGGCUUUUCUCUUGAAAAGCUGAGGCCUUGGUUGCAACCAUUGAAUAUAUAAUAGACGUCCGUUGACGCGUGUCCCUAGCAACCUUUUUUUGUUGCGGGGGGGCGGGGGGCGGUGCUAACGGUAUGAUCGGCUACCUAAUCGCGCCUUGAACCCCCCCCCCCCCCCCCCCCCCCCCCCCCCCCCNCCCCCCCCCCCCCCCCCCCCCAAGUCGGUGUAAGACUCCUCUUCAUAUUCUUUUUUGUCAUACGCGUUCCGCUCAAUUUGGUGGCACGAAACGUGAGCUACACCAGUUCUGUGGGGUUGAUGCCGGCAGCUCGUAGGAGUUUCACGGCUUGGAGUGGCGGUGUAUCCUCGGUCUUGCGCAAAGGUUUUGUGCGCGCCUGCUCGAAGAGGUUGUUGUUUCCUUUUUGCCCCGAAGCUAGAGAGGGCGUGGUGCUGCUGGCUGUGUCACGAGCGAAGGGGGAUGGAUCUUUGCGCGGACGCGAAGAUUGGAUAUGUUUCCCCCCAUCACCUGGUGGGGGUUUGUACGGCUGGCAGUUUAACCUCUUCGUCGUGAUAGUCAGUUUUUGCUGUCCGUUUUGUAUGACCACACGAUUGGGUUGGUUUGCGUAUGAAGGAUGUUGUUCCCGAUGCUGGAGGAUGUUGGUGUUCGCGGAGAUUGGCAUUGUUGUGUGAAAAGUUUACUUACUCCUAGUUUUCCCUUUCAACACUACGUGGUACAAUUUUGCUCCCUAAAUUAUGAAGAAGCGCUUUUGAUAUGGUCCCAAUAGCAAGGUUGAAUACAAUGUAUCAUAGGUGUUUAAGCAAAUCGAAUUUUUUGUUUUGCAUGCAGCUAGCUUGGUCCUCGGGUAUACGCAAGUGUUGUCUGCGAGACAUCCUUCUUUGGGUGAGGCUUGAAUGGGCAACGUGUGGUUCCGAUACAACAAUCUUCGUGGCUGCAAGAUAAAGGUGUGAGCUAACACAACUAGAAUUCCCGCCUUUUUUUUUUAACAAAUGUUUUUGUGGCCCUUUUUGUUUUUGCCCUGUUGCUAACGAGGACGGGCUGCGGGUGCCGGUAGAAGCAGCAGAGAGAGAGAGAAAAGGUCCCCGCAGUUUUCUGAUU